AUAAUAUAGCAUAUGAAUUAAAAAAUUGUCACACAAAGCUUCACAACUUCAACCUCCACAACGUAGAAAAUGAUGCGCGCUGAAUAUUUAACACUUCUUCUAUUUCUGACUGUGAUGUGUGGUAAUGAUGAUGGGGGAAAUAAUGGGCGUGACACAACAGAGGCAAGUCAAAACUAUGGCAACAUCAUAAAAAGCUACAACAGUCAGCCAAAAGAUGAUAAAAACAACAUUAUAAAACUUGCAUUUAAUGCUACGUUUGACAAAUUCAGAGGUCUUAUGGCUGUGGUUAGGAUAAAUGUAAGAAGGGCAUAUGGUCUAAUCAACACUUCACAGCUUUUUAAUGAUCCAAAAGCACCACUUAUAUUGAUCCCAGUGGAGCUUUUCCUAAAUAUCAGAAAAGCAGAGCAUAAAGUUGGUGUAGCUGUCUACGAUUCUGAUGAGCAAUUCACUCUUCAACCUGGAAACCCAACUAUAAUAUCUAAAGUCGUACGGAUUGAAGUUCCUGGGCGUCACAUUGUGAAUUUGACCAAUCGACUUAUAAUACAGUUCCCAGUAAAUAAGAAAACUAUAAACACCAUAUAUUCAUGUCAGUUCUAUGAUGAAAACAGUGCAGAAAACACCUGGAAAAAUGACGGGUGUAUCACCAAACAGAUCAGUGAUAAUGUUGUGAAUUGUUCCUGUGAUCAUAUGACUGCAUUUGCUGUGCUUCUGAUUGAUAUGAAGAACAUUGAUGAACAACAGUGGGAAAUCUUGUCAUACAUCAGCUAUAUAGGCUGCAGUCUGUCUGCUAUAUUUUCUGCUGUUUCCAUAUUGUCCUAUAUUGUCAACAGUAAUGCCAGGAAAGAAGUGUCCAGACGCAUCCAUGUGUCUCUGAGUGCUGCUCUGUUUCUCCUCAACAUCAGCUUCAUGCUCAGUGAAUGGGCCGCCACACUGAAUAUAAAUGAAGUUUGUGUGUUUAUUGCUGUGAUGAUACACUACAGUCUGUUGUGUUGUUUCACCUGGAUGGCCAUUGAAGCUCUGCACCUCUAUCUUCUUCUGGUCAGGGUCUUCAACAUUCCCAUCAAGCACUACAUGGUCAAGCUCUCUCUGAUUGGAUGGGGAGUCCCGGCUCUUCUUGUUGGAUGCUUGCUAUUAGUUCAUAGCAGUGGAUCUGUGUAUGGUACCAAAAAUAUCACAUUAUCAGAUACCAAUCAAACAAAUGCAUUCUGCUGGACAACAGAUGGUGUCAUCCUUUAUACUGUGAACAUUUCGUACUUUAUCCUUGUAUUCCUGUUCAACUCUGUAAUCCUGAUCGUAGUGUCCAGAUUAAUCUUUAAGCUACAAAAAUCAGACAACAGACCUAAGAGCAAAACCGCUUGCAAGAGUGCCAGCACAGUUCUUGGUUUAAUGUGUCUGCUGGGGACCACGUGGGGUUUGGCCUUUUUCACUUCUGGAUAUACAAACUAUCCUAUUCUCUACCUCUUCUGCAUCUUCAACUCAACACAAGGGUUUUACAUCUUUCUGUGGAUGUGUCUGACAGGGAGGACUAAAAAACAGCAAGAAGAAAAGAGGACUACAACCACUGACACCUAACCUUAAAUCACUUAAAUCAAAACAAGUUUUAGUAAAUCACUUAAAACAACACCCUGCUGAAAAAAAAGCAUACCAGCAAGACCAGCAUUUUGUUUUGGUGCUGGUUUGCUAGUGAACACCAGCUAAACCAGCACCAGCAUUAGCACCAGCUAUAUCAGCAUCAAACCAGCAUAGACCAGCUUAAUUCCCAUGCUUUUUUUCAGCAGGGCAUUAAACUUAAAAUCCUUAAAAAGAUUACUUAAUACAUAGUUUAUGGUUGUUUAAUUGAAUAUUGAAAAAUGCUAAUGUGUUGUUUUGGGAAAUUUAAAAACAUUUAUUUUAUUAUAUACAUGACGACUUCUUCUAGUACAUUCAUUUCUGUAGUUUUUAAGUCGAAGUAAUUUUUUUUUGUCUUUUCAUUUGCCUUUUGAGACUUACUGUAUACUCAACAUAUAAACAUGUUGAUAAAUAUUGUAAAUAAUGGUAUUUUUACCAUAUAUGAAUGGUGUGAUGUUGAAUUUAUCACAAAUUUUUCACUUUGAGUCAUAGCUGUGUAUUUCUACUUCCACCAGCAUUAGUCGAGCGCUGUGUCACCGGGUUGUUUGUAUUUCUAUCCCCUCCAGUGUUUCCCAAUCCUGGUCCUCGAGUACCCCUUCCAGAAAAUUUUAGAUGUCUCCUCAUUUAAAACACCUGAUACAACUAAUCAGUCUCCUUCCAGAAUGGAUAACAAGUCUCCCUAACAAGCUGUUAAGUAAAAUCAGGUGUGUUAGACAUCUAUAACUUUCUGGAAGGGGGUACUCGAGGACCAGGAUCUCACAAAAACACCUAGAAGAUUUACGACGUCUUUUCGCUUACAUGGAGAUCAUAACUUGACAUUUGAAUGACAAAGAGUACGGAGCCCGUAAGAGGACAUGGUGGUGGACAAUAUUUGGGAUGAGAGGGUAAAUUUUUUUUAAAGCUUUUGCGUUCCCCCGAGAACUUUUUGCGUUCUCUCGCAAAACGUUUGCGUUCCCCCGAGAAACUUUGCGAUCUCUUGCAAAACUUUUGCGUUCCCCCGAGAAACCUUUUGCGUCCGCCUGAGAAACUUUUUGCAUUCCCCGAGAAACUUUUUGCGUUUGCUCGCAACUUGCAAUUCAGAAUUGCAAUAAUGUUUCCCAAAUUCAGUCUGGUGAUGUCUAAUCUCAUCUGUGAUAUAUCAUCAAAAGCAUUUUGACCUGAUGUUAACACUUACACACAUACAGCAGGGUCACACAAUC